AUGAAUUAUAAAGUUGAAUCAGCUGAUGAAUAUUUAAGAAGAAAUAGAAUAAUGGAAUUAUUUGAAGAUCUUUGCACUAAAGCCAGCUACAUUCAACCUGAGAAUUUAGAGGAAUUUUUUAUUGAAGAUUUGAGGAUUAAAUAAAAAUAGGGGUAUCAAUAAAAGUAUAACGAUUGGGCUGAAAUUUAAAAUAUUUUUGAAUUAUUUGACUUAAAACGUGAUGGAUAUAUCACAUAAGAGAAUUGCAGAAAGGCAUUAUUGACAAUUGCAUCAUCCCAAAAAUAAUAAGAAAUUAUUGAAGCAACUCAAGUGAUAGAUGAAAAAGUAGAUAUCAAUAGAUUUUAAAGAUUAGUUGAAUAAUUUUUAGGAUGA